AGGAAUUAUGGCAGCCGGUGUCCACGGAAAAGUUCGACACUUCAGUGAAUGGCGUAGUUGAGGAGUCUUGAGGGUCCCAAACAAUUUAUCCGCAGCAUCUUAUCAUAACUAUAAUAAAGGGAAGUAACAGAUGUUGGUGUACAAGUAAUUCUUAGCUGAAUUCAGUGCUGCAGAGGAAAUUCAUUCACUGAAGAACCCUCUAAAUCCCACCCUUUGGAUCUGUUAAUUUGUAACUUGAAGGAUUUUCUUAAUCUAUCUGAGCAAUGUUGUCGCUACAUUGUGUCGGGAAGUAGUUUAUUGUAUCAGAAUAAACUUGAGAUCCUAGGGGGUGCUACUGCUGAAAACGACAUUGCCUCUAUAAGACAGGGAUAUCUGCCAGCAGCAACUUGUGUGUAGGAUUCAGGCAGUGUCUUAUUUCCAACAGCUUUUCUGCACAUUCCUUAAUAAGCUUCUUCAAAGCCGUCUGUGCCCCCAAGACAAAGUCCUGUCAGCAGAAACCCAACUCGGGUUUAUUUGACAUUAUUUUCUUUAUUCGGGGUGUAUCUUGUAGGACUCCACUUUAAUACUCUUUUAUUCCAUGUUAAGUUUCUCUAUCAUUAGUAUUAUGGGAGUAUUGGAUAAUAUCACAUUUCAUUUGCCUAAUUUGAUCGUUUUCCAUAAAGGGGCAGCAUCCCUGAAAUGGAUUACUACACUUAAUAAAACAUUGCAACCUUUUUUUUCGUCUUUUGUUCAUAUGGCUGGUGUGACAGUGCUGUUCCUUGUGCAUUCUUGUACUCUCUUAUCAGUGUAGACUCUGCACAGCUGCGGGGACUGCUCUAUCGCUGAGCUGGACAAGGUGUAUUUAUUGAUAAGUCGCCUGUUAGUGGUUUUGAACUGGUCAAGGAAGCACAAUGUCUGAACCCUUGUUCCUCUUUUUUUUUCCGCUCUCUGUUCGUGUGACCAAUCAAUGCUUUUUACCAGUCACCUUAAACCAGUUGAACUCUGCCCUCUUUCCUUGUGGCCUUCUAGCUAUAGAAUCUUAUGUCCUCUCUGCUUUAUUGUCUGCACAUACCUAUCUCUCCCUCCUCGUCAACUCCUCCUCCUCCUCCUCCUUCGGCUUAACCCAUUGCAUACUGAAUUCUGCAACUCAGACUGACCACUGUGUACUUGACCUAUUUAAAUGGCCUCCUCUCUCUCUGUUUCAGUCUACGUUCAUUUCUUUGCAUAUGAGAUAUCCAGCUACCUAGCUAUGGUGGCACUCUCUAUGGGUAAUGCAUUACCAUGCCUUGCACCUCUCCACUAGUUUUUUUUUUUUUUCAAACACAACUUCUUAACCCCUCCCUUCCGUUUAACUUAUAUCACACGUCCCUUACACAUGUGUAAAACUUUAGCAUGCUUGCUCCUGUAAGCAGCGCCCGGUGUACGCUGUGGACCCGGGCAUCAUCUAGCUGGCAUGUCACCUAUUUCCCUACAGAUGCCCUGUGCUCCUAGCCUGCAGCCUGUAAGCCUUGGCUGGGAUCUCACAGAUCUCCACGUACAUAGUGUGUUUAUGUGAUAAAGGCUGUGAUCUCUUUUCUCUGUGGCAUCUCCAGAGCAGGAUCAGAUUCCAGCCCAACACUGAGCUUCUAUAUAUAUGUAUUUUUUUUGCUUUCAAUAAGCAGCAGCUUGUGUCUAGCCCCUUCUCUCCUCACCCUCCCCCUUGUACUGUGAGUGCCCUCAUUCCCACCCCCUCUCCUUCUGAUCACUGUCCAUUGGCUUGCCCGGGUCUGGUUUUCCUGUCCAGCCCCUUAUGAAUGUCCAUUGGUGUUGCCUUCCCUCCUCCUCUUCUCUCCCCCUGGCCCUGCCCAUGUUUUGUAUGUCUCUGUCCAUCCAGCUCCUGACGUUCAAGUUUGCAGGGACGUCACGUCCGCACUUGAACUUGCAGCUCAGGGGGGCUUUUGCCAUUUUUUUCAUUUCUCUCCUUCUCUAUCUAUCUCUUCUUUUUUUUCACCCCCCUCCAAAAAGAAAAAAAAAAAAAAAAGGCAUGACGGCUGUCCCACAAUUCAUCUUCCCUGCACCAUCUUUGUAUUAUUUCUAAUUUAUUUUGGAUGUCAAAGGCAUUUGAUGAAGAUAUUUUCUCUGGAGUCUCCUUCUUUCUAACCCUGCUCUCCCGAUGUGAACCGAGCUCUCACAAGCCACCCACCAACCAACAUGUCUCGCCGCAAGCAAGGCAAGCCCCAGCACUUAAGCAAACGGGAAUACUCACCCGAACCUGUCGAAGCCAUUUUAACAGACGAUGAACCAGACAACAGCACAUUGGGAACCGGAGAAGGGGACCAUGACCUUCUUACCUGUGGCCAGUGUCAGAUGAACUUCCCAUUGGGGGACAUUCUUAUUUUUAUUGAGCACAAACGGAAACAAUGCAAUGGCAGCCUUUGCUUAGAGAAGGCUGUGGAUAAGCCGCCCUCACCUACGCCAAGUGAGCUGAAGAAAGCGUCCAAUCCUGUGGAGGUUGGCAUCCAGGUCACGCCGGAGGAUGACGACUGUUUGUCAACGUCAUCUAGAGGGAUUUGUCCUAAACAGGAAAAUGCAGCAGGCAAGGAUGAGCCCAGCAGCUAUACAUGUACAACAUGUAAACAGCCAUUCUCCAGUGCAUGGUUUCUCCUGCAACAUGCACAGAACACUCACGGCUUCAGAAUCUAUCUGGAAAGUGAACAUGGCAGUCCUCUAACACCCCGGGUAGGCAUUCCAUCAGGACUGGGUGCAGAAUGUCCUUCACAGCCACCACUCCAUGGAAUUCAUAUUGCUGACAAUAAUCCCUUUAACCUGUUGAGAAUCCCUGGAUCAGUAUCAAGAGAGGCUUCUGGUCUAUCUGAGGGUCGAUUCCCACCAACUCCCCCAUUAUUUAGUCCCCCACCAAGACAUCAUUUGGAUCCACAUCGUAUAGAACGUCUGGGUGCAGAAGAAAUGGCUCUCGCAACACAUCACCCGAGUGCCUUUGACAGGGUACUGCGACUUAACCCCCUGGCUAUGGAGCCACCAGCAAUGGAUUUUUCAAGGAGACUUAGAGAGCUAGCUGGUAACACUUCCAGUCCCCCUUUGUCACCCAACCGACCAAGCCCUAUGCAAAGGUUACUGCAGCCAUUCCAGUCCAGCAGCAAACCACCAUUUUUGGCAACUCCACCCCUCCCUCCUCUUCAGUCUGUACCUCCUCCUUCACAACCUCCUGUUAAAUCCAAGUCUUGUGAGUUUUGUGGAAAAACUUUUAAAUUUCAAAGCAAUCUAGUAGUACACCGUAGAAGCCACACUGGAGAAAAACCUUACAAAUGCAACCUGUGCGACCAUGCAUGCACGCAGGCCAGCAAACUCAAACGCCACAUGAAAACACACAUGCAUAAAUCCUCCCCAAUGACAGUAAAAUCAGAUGAUGGUCUUUCUACAGCCAGUUCUCCAGAGCCAGGAACCAGUGAUUUAGUUGGUAGUGCAAGCAAUGCCCUCAAAUCUGUAGUGGCCAAGUUCAAAAGUGAACAUGAUCCAAACAUGAUCCCAGAGAAUGGUGAUGAGGAAGAAGAGGAAGAAGAAGAGGAGGAGGAAGAGGAGGAAGAAGAGGAGGAGGAGGAGGAUUUGACAGAAACGGACAGUAGGCCGGAUUAUAGUUUUGCCCUGAACCUUGAAGCUACUCGUCACCACGAAAACAACUCCAGAUCUGGUGAGGAAAGCCGAUCUAUGCCUGAUGUCAUGCAAGGCGUGGGUCUUGGUGCAAUGCAUCACUUUAGUGAUGCCUUUCAUCAGGCGCUGGUUGAUAAACAUAAAAGAGGGCAUUUAUCCGAACCAGAAGUGCAAAGAGACACUUGUGAUGAAGACUCAGUGGCAGGAGAAUCAGACCGCAUAGAUGGUGGUACUGUUAAUGGGAGGGGAUGUUCACCUGGUGAAUCUGCUUCAGGAGGCUUGUCAAAAAAAUUGCUUCUCGGUAGCCCAAGUUCCAUGAGUCCUUUUUCUAAACGCAUCAAACUUGAGAAGGAAUAUGACCUCCCUGCUGCAACUAUGCCUAACACAGAAAAUGUUUACUCCCAGUGGCUUGCUGGCUAUGCCGCAUCCAGGCAGCUAAAAGAUCCAUUCCUCACUUUUGGAGACUCUAGACAAUCGCCAUUUGCCUCCUCUUCAGAGCACUCAUCUGAAAAUGGUAGUUUACGUUUCUCUACACCUCCAGGGGAGAUGGAUGGAGGGAUUUCAGGCCGUAGUGGCACAGGAAGUGGAGGAAGCACUCCCCAUAUUAGUGGCCCAGGGCCUGGAAGGCCCAGUUCAAAAGAGGGCAAGCGCAGCGACACUUGUGAGUACUGUGGAAAAAUCUUCAAGAACUGUAGUAACCUUACUGUUCACAGGAGGAGCCACACUGGUGAAAGGCCAUAUAAGUGUGAGCUUUGCAACUACGCCUGCGCGCAGAGUAGCAAACUUACCCGGCACAUGAAAACACAUGGUCAGGGGGAAAAUACAACAGCAUCUUUAAAUCUAAGGACAGAACAAUCAAAUUUAUAUGGCAAGAAGUCUGAAAAGAUAUGCAAAAGUGUAAACAAAUAUGCAUACCAAUUUGGACAGAAAUAAAUAACACCUAAAAAAGAAGACAAAGGAGAAGACGAUCGUGCUGAUAUGAACAGGCCAACUUAUUGUAAAUGAAAAAAAAAAAUAAUAAUAAUAAUUCCUUCAACCUGACCUCUAUGUAUUAUACUUGUAGUUGAGUAUUAUUGGUCAUUGCACCUAGCAGGAAUGCUCUUAGAGUACAUUACUUCCCUGUAUUGACAUGACUUUGACUUAAAAAAAAAAAAAUAUACAAAUAGCCACAAAAGCCAGCACAGGAUUUACGAUGUCAUCUGAAGAUACAAAAAUUUACAUAAAUUUUUCACAUAAAUUUUUUGGGGAAAACAGAUGCACAUUUUGCAGAAUAUAUUAUAAAAACAUAUUUAAAAAAACACCGUACAAGUAACUAAUAUUAUUUCAACGUAUUAUAUGCUGGACUGAAAUGGAGAAAUCCCACUGAAAAUCACAGCCUUAAGCAGUACAUUUUGCUGUCUUGGUCUUUUAGGACAUCAUGAUACCCUUAUUUAAGAGAUAAUAUACAGUACUGCCUCGAUAACUGGGGCUUUAAAAACUAGUCAACAAGAACAUAAUUUACAAAUGACACGUUGUACUCCGAGCUCUAAAGGAGGAAAAUAAUGGUAAUACAAAGUGUGACAUUUUCUAACUGUGUGAUAAAUUAAUGGUGUUAUAAAAACCAUGAACCAUUGAGGCCUUUUCAAGUUUGUUAGAAAUCUGCACCAGAUUUAUAUGGCACCCAUAAUGUGUUCUUAAGCUGCUGUAAAAUUUCAUGCAAGCAUGACCUAGUGUCCAGAGAAAAUUUUAUAAAUAUAUUUCUAUGUUGGAAAAAAAAAUUGAUGUGGUAAUCCUUCACCGUUUACUGUUAGACUUUUGAGGCCAACUUUAAAUAAUAAUGUAGAAGUAAAACCGUGUCCCAUUAGAAUCUUGUAUAAGCUCUUGAGACAAUAGGAUCACUCAAGAUAUUUUGUGCAAAGAUGCUGAAGACCAUUGGUACAACAAGGAUUUUUUUUCUUUCUUUUCUUUGGUUUGACUCCAUUUAUAUGUUCCUACAAAGUCGCAAUAAAUCCGGAAUAAAAGGAGAUCUAGUAUCAGUGCCUGAAAUUCUAAAUAUUUGCUUGCAUUAUAAACAAAGGGAAGGGUGAGAAAGGGGAAGGGGUUUUCCUUUUAAUGCAGUUUGUACAGAAUAACAUAUUGUAGGGUAAAAACAACAAUUCUGCCAGUUCUUAUGUUAAUUGUUACCCAUUUUGGGGUGAAUUUAAUGUGAUGUAAACUGUUGUUAUAUACUGAAAGUAUAUUCCAGGAACCAUUGUUAAUAUACAUUAUACAUUUGCCUUUAAAAAGGCCCGAAACACAAAAGAAAUUAAAUUGACACAAUAAACUGUAAAGAUUUAGGCCUG